AAACAAACAACUGUCAAAACUGGAAUCGCACGUGUUUACUUUUUUUUUAUUCUAGUUGAUUGUUAAAGGUUUUUUUUAUAUUUUUCUUUAAAUUUAUUAUUUAAAAUGGGAGGACAUCAUAAAAAGAAUAUUCGUGCUGAAAAAGCAAAAGUUAAACUAAAGGGUGCCAAAUUACCCAAAGGUCUAAAUAUCACCAAAACCGAUUUUAAAGUUAAGAAAAUUGUUAUCAAAGAACAACUUGCCGAGUCUCAAGUUGAAGAUGGCAAGAGAAAACUAAACAUCAAGGAAACCCUUAAUCGCCUUAAACACAGUAGCUCCUCAUUUCGUACGGAAGCGCUUCGCAAUCUUCGGGAAUCUAGUUUCACUUCAGAUGAAAUUUUUCGACAUUUAGGUGACUUGAUUCAAUCUAUCGCUGCAAUCAGUCUCGACAUCGAAAAAGACACUCGGCGAGAAUGUUUUAAAACUCUCAGUAGUCUAUUGGCCACUCUACCCACCGAAGCAAUAGAACCAUUUUUCCAGGCUUUGUCUUCGUAUCUGCGAUGUGCUAUGACUCACAUCCAACCAUCGCUCCAAGAAGACUCGCUUCUAUUCUUGGACGUCCUCCUGCUCCACGUACCGGUGUUGGUGGCUGAAAACAGUACAAAAAUCUUCCAAAACUUUAUUGAAAUGAUUUCCAAGAUUCGUACGGAUGCUAAACCAGGACGAACACUCACUGUCAAUAUGGGUAACAAAACAACAACAAUCCAAUGGCGUAGCAAAGUACUUGAACGUCUACAGGGAAUGCUAAAAACUCUCAUCGAAAGUCAUCGGAAUCGGUUAACGAUUUCUUCAGUUGGUCAAAGUUCUCGCUACAAGAUUACCAAUACUUUUAGUGCUGUCCAGCCACAGUACUUUCCUGUAGUAAAAUGGCAAUUGAAUGAGAACUGUGACUUAUCGCAGAUCUUUAACAAAUCGAUAAGUGAGAAAUCAACUUCGAAGGCAGAUCAGAGUUCGAUUCUUAAAGGAUACAUUGAAAAUUUAAUGCCAUUGCUAUUUGAAUCUUGGUUAGAAGUUCGUAGUAGCGAAAAUGAGAACUCCUCAAAGGAGGUGAUACUUUCUUAUGACGCGGCCAAAACGCUCAAGAUUGUUCUUGAAAUUCUUCAAAAUCUUUGGGUACUUACAGAAAUGCUCGAAGCUGAGAUCAACAAUACGGAUUUGAGUAGAUGGUUUCGUAAAGAGUAUGCCGAUAGCUUUGUAGCAAAUUUUUUGGGUACCUUUCCCUACAAACAGGGUGAAGGUUCCCGUUUAGCAAAGUCAAAAUCGAAAGGGGCUGCAUCUGAGAAGGAGGUACUCGAAGCUGGUGGGCCACAUUGUCUGCUGCAGAACACAACUCUGGCUUAUUUGAUGUGUGUUUUUUAUGAGAACAAGUUGGAUAAGAAUGUUGAAAAGGUCGCCGAAAUGUUGAGGUUUCUAACGAAAAUUGUAUCUGAGAUCAAAAGCACCCAUUUGGAUGGUUUUCAGUGUCUUGAAAAAGCCUUAAGGGCAAAUCUAUACCAUAGUGGACUGACGUUGCUGAGGUAUGAUCAGGAAAAUACACGGGCUCUUUUGAGGACGGUGAUAAAUUCAGCUCAAAAUGGCUACUUUACGAAGGAAGGACAAACGAAGGUGUUGAUAUUGCUAUGUGAUAUUGUAUCCUCGCCAAAAUUAAAUUCUUUAUAUGGACCAACUGAAUUUGAUUCUUGGCUAUCGGAGUUGCCCAAGCAGAUUCUACUGAAACCAACGAUACCACAAGAAGCGCUUAUGGCUUUAUCUAAUCUUGGAAAGCAAAAAAAUGUUAGAUUCCUUAAGGCGUUACCUUCUAUUAUUGAACCAGUUAUUGAAAAUAUUCAAAAAGUCCAAGUUCUAGGAAGUGAAAAUGCAUUCGAAGGCAAAAAACUAAUUAUGAAUCUGUUUUUCUGGACAGAUCGUUUUAGUCUAGAACAACAAAAGGAAUUGAUUGUAAAAAUUGAUGCACAUGUAACUGAUAAGAGAAUAUCAAGCUAUUUUAAGUUUAUUGUGACAAAAUAAAAUUUAUAUAAAAAA